AUGGAUAUGAAGAGAUCCGUUCUUUUCUGGAUGUUAUGUUCCUGGAUUAAUUCCUGGAAAUUCUCAGCGGCAGCUCCUGCCUUCUUUGCUUUUUCCAGACCUACAAACUGGAGGGAAGUGCACACUGCAAAGGAAUAUCUGGACAAGUAUUACAGCAACAAGGGCCGAAUGCAGGUGGCUGAAAUGGUGACUGGAAGUGGAGAUACCUCGUUUUCAAGGAAAAUAAAGAAAAUGCAAGAGUUUUUUGGUCUGCAGAUUACUGGAAAUUUGGAUUAUUCAACCAUGGCCAUGAUGAAGAAACCACGUUGCGGCAUGCCAGAUGUGGCAAACUAUCAUCUCUUUCCGGGAGAGCCCAAAUGGCAAAAGAGUACUUUAACUUACAGGAUUGCAAAAUAUACAACCAGCAUGAGUAAACUAGAAGUUGAUCAAGCUAUAGAUAUGGGCCUAAAAGCUUGGAGUGAUGCUACACCUCUACAUUUUGUGAAAACAAAUCAAGGGGAAGCAGACAUCAUGAUUUCCUUUGAAUCUGGAGAUCAUGGGGACUCCUACCCUUUUGAUGGACCUCAAGGUACUUUGGCUCAUGCGUUUGCACCAGGUGAAGGUCUCGGAAGAGACACCCACUUUGACAAUGCGGAAAGGUGGUCAUCAGGAACAAAUGGGUUUAAUCUAUUCACGGUUGCUGCUCAUGAAUUUGGACAUGCCUUGGGGCUUGGACAUUCCAGUGACCCAUCGGCUUUGAUGUAUCCGACCUACAAAUACCAGCUCUCAGUCCCUCAGUUGUGACACCAGCAUCCUAUUGGAUUCCGCUUGCCCAAUGAUGACGUGAGAGGGAUACAAGCAUUGUAUGGAACAAAGAAAUCUGGACAAGAAAAGUCUGGAAUACCCCAAACGCCUAAUCCAGCAUACUGUGACCCAAAUUUCUCAUUUGACGCUGUUACAGCUUUAGGGAACGAACUUCUAUUUUUUAAAGACAGGUCUUUCUGGAGAAGGCAGACCUAUCUUGCUGAUAUCAGACCCUACCCCAUUGCAAGUUCCUUCCCACAGCUUAUGUCAAAUGUGGACGCUGCUUACGAGGUUCCUGAAAAAGGAACCGCAUACUUUUUUAAAGGUCCCCAUUACUGGGCUACAAUAGGUCUUCGGAUUUUAGGACCUCCUCGGCCUAUUCAUGACUUUGGGCUUCCAAAUAAUGUGCAAGCUGUUGAUGCGGCCGUCUACCUAACGGGUUCUAAGAAAACAUUGUUCUUUGUUGGGGAAGAUUUUUACAGCUAUGACGAGGCAAACCGAAUGAUGGAGAGAGAUUACCCGAAAAGCGUUGACGAUGAGUUUUCUGGGGUGGAAGGAAAAGUGGAUGCAGCAGAUGAAGUAAAUGGGUAUAUUUAUUUCUUCUCUGGACCUCAGGCUUACAAGUAUGAUAUGGAGAAAGAAGAUGUGGUUAACGUUGUGAAAUCAGGCUCCUGGGUUGGAUGUUGA